CCUGAGAACUAAAACAAACUGUAAAAAUGCGUUGUCUAGAAAACUUGUAAAAUUUGGUGUCUCUGUUAAAGAGUCGGAAAAUAAUCUUAAUUAUUUACGAGAUAUAAUGAAUUGAUGAUCCUGCUUGCAUAAAUAUAACGUAACAAGAACUAUCGCUGUGAAAUGGCGCAUGUACUUCUUCCGUGUGACAUGCCGAAUUGGGUGGAUCUUCAACGUGAACUAACUCAUCUGUUAAGAAUUCAAACAACAGAAGAGCUGAUAGCUGGGAUGCAGAAAAUACACGAGAGAUGUAGCAUUGGAUUAGACCCUGAUGAUACUAUAAAUGCCGUUGAAGUGAGCAGGUUUGAUGGUUUGUGGUAUUUUCUUGAAGAAACACUUAACACGGAGGAAAGAGCUCACUUCUUCAAAGUGGUACAUCCCUCUUUGGUGAAGAGUGCCCUCAACCUAAAACUUCUCAAACCGACACGAGGACUUCAAUACAGCUUACAGCAAGAAGAAAGUACAGUGACCCUUGACCGGACAUUUGUGACGUCUCUGUUAGCCAACGCUUUUUUCUGUACCUUUCCCAGGCGGACUUUAAAAACACACCCAACUCUUCAAGAUUUCAGCUUUAGCAAUUUUUUUCGAUAUUUGCUAAGCUUCAGACAACAAGAAAAACUAAACAACAUAUUACGUUACUUCGAAACUCUACAAACAGAAGAUCUGAAAAGGAAAGUUAAUUUUCGUAGACAGGUUCUUCCACUGAAAGGAAUUCCAACUUUACCAGAAUGGUUAUGCAGUGAUCGAUCGCUGUGCCCUCUGGUUGUUCGAUCCCAUGGUAACUUAGAAGAUUCUGAACUUUAUGUUUACAAAGCCUACAAAUGUAGCCGAAUGAUAGGUGGAAAUACCCUUAGAAACAGUGAAACAGAGGAAUCUACUUUGUUCUGUCGUUAUCCUGAAUUGUUAGCUUGUCUUUGUUUUGUUGAAUCUCUAGCUGACAACGAAGUCCUUGUGGUAGAAGGUUUGUUGUCUUCGACUAAUCCUGGAGUGACUGAUAUGCGUUUAAUGGACAUCUGCGACUGUUUCGACCGUCCUUUCAAGCAGUACGAGGACAGUUCCUUACUCCGAGAGCUGAAUAAAGCCCUUGUUGCUUUUAUUCAGCCAAAGAGUCAAGGACGCCGCUUCCAUGUCGACCAGAGUUCGAGCUUUGAAGAAACUAGUUCGGUUAUGUUAACUAACAGCCAAGGAAAGAAAACACAAGAUUCGUUAAAAAAACAUAUUCAUAAUAGUGAAUGUAGCAAAGGAAUAUGCUGCGAUAAUACAAUCUUGUUUAAUGAUUCAACCAAUACGAAAUGUGUUUCAUCAGAAGAACAUUCCAUUAUUAGUAACAAUAAAUUUAACGGUAAGAAUUAUCAUGAAGAAACUCGCUUCAUUAACACCAAGCUUUCCAAUUGCUCAAUCGUCAAAAACUAUACGGAUGAACAUUUUCUUAGAAAUGAAGUUGGACCUGUGGUCGAUGACAGCCAGAAGAAUCAUUGUUCCAAUACAAGUCUUCCCCAAUGUUCAGCCGUUGAUGUGAAAAACUAUACAGAUGAGAAUUAUGUUAGAAAUGAAAUUGGAUCUAAGGAUGAUGACAGCCAGAAGAAUCAUUGUUCCAAUACAAGUCUUCCCCAAUGUUCAGCCGUUGAUGUGAAAAACUAUACAGAUGAUAAUUAUGUUAGAAAUGAAAUUGGAUCUAAGGAUGAUGAUAUCCAGAAGAAACAUUGUUCCAAUACAAGUCUUCCUCAAUGUUCAGUCGUUGAUGUGAAAAACUAUACAGAUGAUAAUUAUGUUAGAAAUGAAAUUGGAUCUAAGGAUGAUGAUAGCCAGAGGAAUCAUUGUUCCAAUACAAGGCUUCCCCAAUGUUCAGCCGCUGAUGUGAAAAACUAUACAGAUGAUAAUUAUGUUAGAAAUGAAAGUAGAGAUCUUAGUGAUUAUGGCCAAGAGAGAUCUUGCUCCAAGAACAGACUUUUUCAUGAUUCACAUGCCAAUAAUGCAAAACCUCGUUUCAAAGCAAAGCUAUUAAAUUAUUUGGCCAAUGUGAAAUUUUUCAUACCACAAAAACAAAAAAUCAAAAAUGAAAAUAAUAGUAAGCACUAUUUUAGAAGUAUAUCAGAUUAUAUUUCUCCAAAAGUACCAAGGUUUGUCUACAGGAAGCAGCUUAACAUGCAGCAAGACCAAAGGUUUAUUGACAAAUCCGAAAUCCGUGCAAGUUCACUUGAUCACAAAAACAAUGGAUUAGGUAGCGAUACUAACCAAAAACUAAGUAGUUUAACAGCAGCGGACAUAGAGAAUAAUACAAAGAGAAUUAUCAAAAGAAGCCCAGAGACUAGCGAUACAGAAACCAACAGCCACUCACACAGCCCAACUCAGAAAGACCAUUUCAAAGCUCAACUUAAAACACAUUCUUUUCUUUGUAAGGAUACAGCAAUAAAUUCACCAGUAUCUGACGGUUUUGAGACAGAGAUAAAAACUAUACAGUACAGUGGAUCAUCACAGAAAUCAAGGUGUAAAAACUUGUCAAAAUCAACGCAGAAUUCGACCUGUGAAAUAUUAAAACCAAACCCCUGGUCAUCAGAAAGUUCAAAGUGUGAAAAUGAAAGUCAUGGAAGAAUGUCAGAUACUUCUGAUUAUAAGAAUUCAUUACCUAAUUCUAGUUCAGGAUCAGAGAUUUCUUCUCAGUUUAUGAGUUUAGCUACAUUGGAGGAAACUUUUGUAGAUACUGGAAACAGCGAAUCAUCGGAACAUGGGCUUUUAAGGCAUAAUCUACCCAUCCAUCAAUAUAAAGAAAGAGACAGUCUUGACUUAAAUUCAGAAGAAUCUUCCUGCAAACGAUAUGCUCAAUCUGAAAACAUUGAACAGCAACACAUUUCAGAAUCAUUCACUAACAAAACCUUCUCAUUAAGCAACGCGAAAGGGGGCAUAACCAACAAUUCAAAUUUACUUACAACAUAUGAACAACUUGAUGCAUGUCAUCCUAUAUGUACGAAUUGUAAACCUUGUUUUCAUACUAGUUCCAAAAGUUCUAAAAAUACUGAAACGUCUCAGUGUAAAUCUUCAAGUAGAUCAAGAGCUUUCUUCAAAAAUUUUAAAGACUCUUGGACAAGUGAAAGCUCACUGGACUCAUGGAAAUCGGCAAAUCAAAAUUCUGAAGAAAGUAAUGAAAAUUACGUUAUCAAAGAAAGAUCUAGGAAUUUAUUAGGAUUUCGUCUAUCGAGAGAGAGACCUUUAAAUGUUUUAGAAAAAGAGCUUUUGCCUAGAGUAAACCAUAAAGUUUUCAAAAGGUGUGAACUAACUCAUGAAUACACAAAUUCAUCCGAACAUUUUAGAGGAGUAGAUAAGAGAGGUCAAGUGUCCAUGGAUGAUGAGUACUUUACAGCGGAUGAGAGCGUAGAUCAAGACUACUCAUCAUGCUCUUAUUCAGAAAAAGAUGAAAGCGAAUUCUCUCAGAGUACUGAGGAUAUUUUAGAGGAUGAUAGAAGUCAACUUUCGCGUGGUAGUUCGAUUGGUUUUGUUUUGGAAGGAAGUGAUUUAGAUGAAUCUUUAACUGUUAGUUUAUGUGAACACAACGAUGAUUUCAUGAAGAGAGAUUGUCUCCGACACCAGAAAUUGUCCGGUCGGAGGACAGAGAGCUCAAGUAAAAGCAGCGAAAUGGACAACAUUAUUGAAGAUCCCAAAUUAGGUUUCACUAGAUUUCCUAUUAUCCCAAUCAGGUCGGCUAACUCAGAGCCUUGUCUCCUACAUAUGUCGCCAUCAGAUCCAGCACUAGCUUUACCACCACUACAGAUCCCCAAAGAUGUCAUCGCUACAUCAUGGAGGGGCCGGAAUUUGUUGAUGUUUACUGGAAAAGGAAACCUUAAAGCAUACUCAUAUGAUGGUGUUAAUCCUAAUCUUCCGGUUCCUUUCAAGGCUAGGUUUAGAUGCAAAAAAACAUCCAAUGAAGAACUUAGCAGGGACGACCAUUUCUACUCUUUCGCUGAUGCUUCACUUUGGCACUGGGGGUCAGCAGGAUCAGUAAGUGGAGUUUCUUCCAUUAAAAGUUCUUUAGGGGACCUUUUCAGCGAUAAAGAGGACUCUAUUAACAACGACAAAUGUAACUCGUUGCAACAUUCAAAGAAUGAAAGUUAUGAGCAAGUAGAUAUGGAAGCGAAAAAGCUCUGUAACACUUCAACGUCAGAGGAACUGCGUCCGGUGGCGACACACUGUAACAUUUCAGGAGACUGUCAACUUCAUGUUAUUAUUUUAUGGAUAGCUGCCAGCAGAGCAGGUCUUCCUUCCCUUAUCGUCUAUACAGAUGGAGAUCAAAGGUUAUCCCUGUUAACAGAAGUAUGUCAUCAGGCUGAAAAGCGAGGGUGGACAGUUGGAGACGUGGCUUGUGAAACUCUUCGGUUUUGCAGAAACCAACUCUCUAACGGACAGAACAAGAGUGAUAAACACAGAGAGACAACUCUCUUCCGACAUUUGAUAGGUGAAGAUAAUGUUAUUACCUCGGAUCUUUAGAAGAGAUGUAAUGGAAACCAUGGAAUGUUAUAUCAUGUCACAUUUAUAAAAUAUCUUAGUUUUUCCAUUUAUACUGUAAAUAUCUCGUUCUUGUAUAACAUAAUUUAUAUUGAAAAUACGUCAACUGAAGUCAGAAAAGAAUUAAAAAUUAUCUUAAUUAUUUUGAAAUUUAGCAGGUUAUGAAGCUUGUGAAAUUUGUUUACUUAAUCUUUAUCUUUUGUGUAUAAUAUUCAGAAGCAAUUUUUAUAAAAUUAAAAUGAUAUAUUUGACUUAAUGAAAUUACUGAAUGUCAGCCAAUAAUUAAGAAUUCGAAUACGUGUUGGAAAAACUAAGUCAAGUAUUAACAUUACAAUGAAUUGUAAACUACCUUCAAUUUCAGUUAAAUCCUUUGAUGGAAAUUAUUACAGGUAAUGGUAAAAAAAUCCCAAAUUUCUGAUUUGGUUUGAUAGAGCCCACUAUUGCCUAAUGCACAGUAUCAGAAAUUUUACAUCUUUACCCCUAAAUUAAAUUCUGGCCAAACUAGAACAGUUCUAAUUUACCAAUGCCAUACCACCUUUUUUUUUAUUCUCAGGCUAAAUACAUGUAAUAAUAAAUAAAUAAUACUUGUGAA